AUGCAUCAUACAGUGACAUUCUCCUACACAACUGCCUUCUGGACCUGGGAAGACUGGGAACUAGAACUCGACUGGGCCGCCCUCAGAGGCGUAAAUCUAAUCCUCGCAUGGGUCGGCUACGAAAAGGUUCUCCUUGACUCGCUUCGAGAGAUCGGAAUGACUGACGAAGAGAUACUACCGUUCUUCAGCGGCCCAGCCUUCCAAGCAUGGAACCGACUCGGGAACAUCCAAGGCUCCUGGGGCGGCCACGGCGUCAGCAUAGCAUGGAUCGAAGCGCAGUUCGAGCUACAGAAGAAAAUUGUCAGCCGAAUCGUUGAACUAGGCAUGACACCCGUGCUUCCCGCUUUUCCAGGGUUUGUACCGCCUGCUAUAAAACGUGUUCGACCGCAUGCGACCGUGGUGAAUGGAUCGCAGUGGUCGGGUUUUCAGAAGAAGUUUACGGAAGUGUCCUUCCUUAAUCCACUUGACGAGACCUUUGCCCAAUUGCAGAAGAGUGUGAUCUCGAGGCAAACGCGUGCUUUUGGAAACGUCACGCAUGUCUAUGCGCUCGAUCAGUUUAAUGAGAUUAAUCCUGCUUCUGGGGAGCUAGGGUAUCUUCGGAACUUGUCGCUGCAUACCUGGCAGAGUUUGAAAGCUGUUAACCCUGCUGCGGUAUGGAUGAUGCAGGGGUGGUUGUUUUAUGAUAAGAAGGAUUUCUGGGAUCCCAAUCGCAUCUCGGCCUACUUGAGUGGGGUGGAGAGAAACGACGAUAUGCUCAUUCUCGACCUGUACUCGGAGUCGAAACCACAGUGGCAACGGACGGAGUCCUAUUUCGGAAAGCCGUGGAUCUGGUGCCAGUUACACGACUUUGGUGGGAACAUGGGCAUGUACGGGCAAAUUAUGAACAUCACGUCGGAUCCUAUCGAAGCAUUAAAUAAGUCCGAUUCACUUGUCGGAUUCGGACUCACCAUGGAAGGCCAGGAAGGGAAUGAGAUUGUCUAUGAUUUACUGUUAGACCAGGCUUGGUCGGCGAAACCGAUUGAUACACGGGCAUAUUUUCAAAGUUGGGUCAGAAGCCGAUAUUCCGGAAACUUUUCGGUACCAAAUGAACUGUAUACGGCGUGGGACCUGCUGCGCAAGACCGUCUACAAUAACACUAAUCUCACGACAUAUUCACUUACGAAGUCGAUCUUUGAGAUCUCGCCGGAUAUCGCCGGCUUGGUUGGCCGUGUUGGCCAUUAUCCGACUCCUACAUCAAUUAAUUAUGAUCCAAUGGUCUUGAAUGAAGUAUGGUCUUUGUUUAUGAAUGCAACGAGGAAGGAGCCGUCACUCUGGCAUAGCCCUGCGUAUGAAUACGAUAUGGUCGAUAUCACGCGUCAGCUUAUGGGGAACGCUUUUGUCAAUGUCUACUCCGAUCUUAUAAGUUCAUGGAAGUCAGAAACAGAGAACAGAACCACAAAUGUUACCUCGCAGAGCGAAAGGCUCCUCAAUCUGCUAUCGGCGAUUGACAAAGUCUUGUCUUGCAAUGAGAACUUCUCCCUUACAACUUGGAUCUCGAGCGCCAGAGACUGGGGAAACACCACAGAAACAAAGGACUUCUUUGAGUAUAAUGCGCGAAAUCAGAUCACUCUAUGGGGUCCUACCGGUGAGAUAAGUGAUUAUGCGUCGAAGGCCUGGGCAGGUCUUAUCUCUUCGUACUAUAAGCCUCGAUGGUCUAUAUUCGUGGACUAUCUUGGUGAGAAGAAUCAGACGAGCUACAAUGAGACGGAGCUCAAAGCGAAGUUGCAUGGAUUUGAGAUGUCGUGGCAGGAGCAGAGUAGGGAGCCAGGUAUAUCUUGGGCAAAUUCCUCAUGUAGAGGAUUGGAAGUAGUCCUCAGAAAUGUUUCGCAAAGUUGGCCGUCAAUCUUCGGAGAUCGUGCUUGA